UUCUGUAACCCUAACUUGCUAUCGCGAAUAUGGCGAAGCGCUCCGAUGACCCCAAUUCUUACCGUUGUGGGACAAAAAGAAGGUAACUCCUCUGUAACCCUAACUUGCUAUCUCGAAUAUGGCGAAGCGCUCCGAUGACCCUAAUUCUUACCGUUGUGGGACAAAAAGAAGUAGGUUGGAUGCUGUUGGUGGUGGUGCUACGGGAGGCUGUCGUCGCUCGGCACGUUUAGCACAGCAUUAUGAUGCCGAUGCUGCUCAAGGCACCGCCGCCGAGGUCAAUGAGUCCAGGAGGCAGCGGAGGAAAAUUACUGCUCAAGGCACCGACGCCGAGGUCAAGCAGUCCAGGAGGCAGCGGAGGAAAAUUGCUGCUCAAGGCGGCACGCCUGAUACGCAGGACCACCAGAAGAUGGAGAUCACUACUGAGGUCACCUCUUAUACGCCCGAAGACGUCGAGGAGUAUCGGCUACGGAGGGGAAUCCGUGUUGUAGGCUGGGAUGAUAUUCCAAACCCCAUCAGGGCCUUCGAUGACACUGGGUUUCCGGAAAAUGUUAUACAAGAAUUUUCAAAAGCUGGAUUUGUUAGACCUACACCAAUUCAAGCUCAAGUAUGGCCAAUGGAUUUGGAGGACCAUGACCUCAUUGGUAUUGCUCAACCAGGAUCUGGGAAGAUGCUAGCGUAUCUGAUCCCUGCAAUUCUCCAUGUAAACUCCCUGCCAAAACGAUCUCGUGGUGGAGAUGGCCCAAUAGUAUUGAUUUUGACUCCCACAAUUCAACGCGCUGAACAAAUCCAACAGGAGGGUGCUAAAUUUGCUGCAGCUUACAACAUUAAAGUCUUAUCGGGCUUGCACCUGCUAAAACGUGAAAAUUAUGGUCAGACUUGUGGAGGUGGGAUUUUAAUCGACACACUUAGUAGCUUGCUUGUUUUGUUAAAGAGCAAAAGUACGAACUUGAAAAGCGUCACAUACCUUGUGUUGGAUGGUGCUGAUUGGAUGCUAUCAGACACGCAUGAGUCUCAAAUACGAAAUAUAUUAUCUGAGAUUCGCUCAGACUGUCAAAAAUCAUUCUGGAGUACUGGCUGGCCAGAAGAGGUUGAUAAACGGGCAAAGCUAUUCCUUCACAACGCUUGCAAAGUUCAAAUAGUUUCUCCAGAUCUGAAAGUGACACCUCCGGUUGACCAAAUUGUUUACGUCCUUACUGAAGAUCAGAAAUAUAACAAGUUGGUUGCGCUGCUAUAUGGUAUAUCGGAUGGCAGCAGAGUAGUGAUAUUCAUGGAUACAAAGAAGGGACGUGAAUCACACGAUCAGAUCGCCCUGCAGCUUUGCACAGCCGGCCUGCCCGCAGCCUCAUUUCAUGAAAACCAAAGUCAAGCUGAAAGGAUCGGUAUUGCCUCUGAGUUUCAAGCUGGCAAGGUCCCUAUAAUGAUUGCAACAGAUGUAGCUGCUCGUGUUCUAGAUCUGAAGGAUGUGAAAUAUGUUAUCAAUUACGACUUUCCAGGAUCCCUUGAUGAUUAUGUUUACCACAUUGACCGUUUUGGAAGUGCUGCAGCAGAAGGAACAGCAUACACAUUCUUUACAACUGCUAAUGCUGGAUGCGCAAAGGAACUUACCAUCUUACUCAAGAAAGCUGGACAGUAUGUUAGUUCUGAAUUGGAACAACUGGGGCGUGAUGUAACAUAUCCAGGAACCUACAUACCUCGGACGUGGCGCUGGAAGGCUAACAACAAAAUGACUGGAUAUGGUCAUUUCUCUCCUAUGUAUCUGCCUUACCCCAGUACUGAAAAACAUGCACGUUUCGCCCUGGAGGAAAUCAGGAAAAUAAAGGGGCUCCAAGCGCAUUUUGUGAGAGUGGUGGAGGCAUACGAAUUCUUCACCUUGUGUUUUUUUGUUAGUAUGACUUAUCUAACUUUUGAGGCCGCUGACCCCGCGACUUACGAAAAGAAGCUUUACCAAGCAAUAGUUGUUAAGGCGAGUGGCAAAAAGGAUUUGAUGUUGUUUGGUAUGGUCAAUUCUGAUGGCCGUUUGUCAAAAAUGCAUGACAUCAGAGAGGGAGUCGAAUAUCGAAUCUAUAGUAUCUGGCGAGAAGACGAUGAAGACGAUGAGGACGAUGAAGUAGAGGAAGAUGACGAUGAAGACGAUGAUGAAUGAUGGGGCACGAGUCACAUUGACAAUAAGCGGCAACUGUUAUUGCAAUGACUAAGAAUUUAAGAGAAUGGAAGAAGCCGGCCGGGGCGGGGCUACUGCAGGCUAGGGUAAUCUAACAUGACUGUAGAUAUUGAUUAGGCUUGUUUUGGAGACCGUAAAUUACGUAAUAUGUGGUUGUGUUUGGAUAUGAGAGUUGGAAAACCCAAUGACCAUGUAUUAUACUUCAGUAGACCUAAACUAACUAAUUUCGACGUUGAUAUCAAAACUGGGUGUCAAUGGUUGCUUCAUUUGCUAUGUCGCGUUUGCACAAAGGUAAUCCGAAUCAAAAUGCAGAAUUAGUUCU